AUGUCGUGGUUAAUUAAGUUUGGUUUAGGCGUAGUGAGUUUUGGUUCCUUCGUUUACGUAGUAGUCAUUGUUUUAGAACUAGUAAAGAAUCAGCCAUGGCUGAAUUUUUUAUAUUAUCUUUCAUAUAUUAAAUUAGCCUCAACCCUCACAAAAUACACGCCUCAGGCCUACUUGAACUGCAGGCGGAAGUCUACCGAAGGCUGGAGUAUCGUGUUAGUGUUGAUGGACGUGACAGGUGGAUUUCUUAGUAUUGGUCAGAUUCUUCUUGUGGAAUACAACUACAAUGUCUGGAAGUCUAUAUUUGGUAACUUUGCAAAAUUUGGACUAGGGGUCGUAUCAGUUUCAUAUGAUGUCCUGUUUAUGAUUCAACACUACUGCUUGUACAGGGAGAAUUCUGAAGAAGAAUAUCACCGUCUACCCGAAGGAGGACAUGAAACUGUCGAGCUCAGAACACCUAAAACAUAA